GAGGAUACAUUGAGAGACCGCAAGGCAUGGAUUCAACUUCCUGUGAAGUUCUUUAAAUCUUUUGUUGCUACAUUGAAAGAUGCUGCUGUGUGGCGUUGCAAGAAAACUAUUUUAAAGAAAGUUGAAAUGAUACAAUGAACACAAGAAGUUGAUUUGGUAUUUUCAUGUUGUGUGAGUUUCAUAUUGAUUCCCUCCCUUUUCUUCCUCUUCUCAGGGAAGAAAGCACGUCGGGCCCAGCUGAAUCCUGCCACCCCAGACUGAAUCAGAGCAAGGAAGUCAGUGUGAUGAACAGCAUGCUUCCUCAGAGGAGUGCUGUGGCCACACUGAGCUACAGCCCAGACUGUGUGAAGAUGGAGCACAGCAGUAGUGGCUCAGUGGGUGGGACGUUGCUGAGGGGCUCCCGCUCUAAAGCAGAGCUGCAGGACCUGAUGGAGACGCUGCAGCGCAGGAAGAGCGCCCUGGAGGCCAGCUUGAGGGCAGCCGAGUGCAGCCGCAAGUACCUCAGUGUACCUUCGCAGUCCACCAGGCCGCUGUCAAUCCUCAGCAAUACCGACCGCCCUCCGUCUGCCUCCAGAACUUUUUCCUACAUGACCAGCAGCAGCGUGCCUCCAUCGCCACGCCAAGGUGAACGCCAACUGAGCUCUAACGAUUUGCUCCGUCAUUCCCACCCUCGCCACCAGUCACAAGACAGUCUGUUGCUCUCCAACGCAGCAGAAGGAAGCUCUCUGCUCUCCUCCUAUGGGCAGCACCUACCUCGUUCUCCCAGGGUCAAAAGUGGAGCAGCCAGCGUGCCGUCGAGCCCUCGCAUGGGUCGCAGGCUCUACUCUCAGGGCAAAGCUGGAGGAGACUCUCGGCAGAGGAAGUACUCCACCGGCUCCCUCAACAGCCUGGGGAUGCACAGUCGUUCUCUGCCGCGGCUUCACAACGCAGCAGAGCCCCCUGCUCUGUCGCUGCCGUCACGACACUCAGUGGGUUCCCACAGAGGCUCAGCAGGGCAGCGCCGCAGUCUCUCCUCGCUGGAGCAGCCGCCUGAUGUGACCGUACCAGCAAGCAUGCCCAGCACUCCAAGGAGAGCCAGCCUGGCCUCUCUGAGCUCUCUGGGUGUAGAGAUGGACGGGACGGGCUUAGAUCUGGGCUUCGGAGAGAGGAGAUUGUCCUUUGGGAAGGGUGGGCUGGGUCCAGGGCAACGAGUGGGCAGCAUCAGCUCUUUGAAUGGGAAAGAGGAGCUAAGAGAUUAUCACCUGCACCAGAGAGAUGAACGACUCAGGGAGCAGAAAGUCCAGAGAUUGGAGUGUCAGCGCCUCGAGACCAUCCUAAGCCUGUGCACUGGGUUGGGCCAUGUGGAGAAGGAGCCGGCGGGCUCAGCUGUUUCUGACCUGCAGAAGAUCAAUAAGGAGCUGGAGAAGCUGCAGGUGUCAGACGAUGAGUCAGUGUUCAGUGACUCUCCCAACGGCGCUGCUCCGGAGAGCUGCUUCGGAGCCAAAGCCAGAGACUUCCAACUCGCUGAGGAGCAGCAGGUCAGCCCACGUCAGCAGAGCGGCUACAGAGAGGCCAGGUCCCACUCGCCUGCUAUCAGCCUGAACAGCAGCGCCCCCUCACCCUCCACACACCACAGAGCCAAAGCCUUGGAGAGCGUGCAGCUGAAACAGGAAGUAACGCACAUAGAGGAAGAGAGGAUCCAAGUUCUGAACAACAUCGAGGAGCUGGAGCAGAAGAUCAAAGACCUGGACAACCAGAUGGAGGAGUCUGUCCGAGAGACAGAGGUGGAGUGUGCUCUGCUGGAGGGGGAGCAGGAGUCGGAGGUGGCGCAGCUGCAGAGGGAAAAGGAGCUUCUGGACCAACUGAAGGAAAAGCUUCAUGGUGCUGAGAAGACGAGCCACACUGAGAAGUCACAGGAGGCAGAGGAGAAGACAAAAAGUUUGGAGGAAUUGGAGUUUCAGAAGCUGGAAAGAGAAAUUAAUCAGGACGAGGAAAAAGAAAGUCAGAACCAAGAGUUGCUGCGAGAGAUUGCAGAGUGCCAGCGUCUUACCGUCACACGCAAGGAAAGACUCCUGACGCUGAAGAAACAGUCCUCACAGAUUACCUUACAGGCUCAGCAAGAAAGAGAGAAUUUUCAACGAGAGAAAAACAAUUUGCUUGUCAUGCUUCAGAAGGAAAGAGAGAAACUGGCAUCUCUGGAAGGAAAGUAUGCAGAGUUGUCUGAGGGGCAGAAGUUCACCACCAACCCUGCAGCCAUCAAAGAGCAUUCCCUGAAGGAAAGGAGGAGAAGCAGUAAAGAAAACUCUUCCCACCCGAUGGACAGCCUACCUCACAGGAGGAGCCAGCAGCUCCUCACCUCUUACGGCAGAUCGCUGGGACGCACGCUUUCUCCCAAGACCCACUUGCCGCUGUCCCAGAGCUCCAGCUGUGGCAGCGUGAUCCCUCAAGGCUUCAGCUUCUCUCCCCGGGACCUGAACACCCGCCGCCUGCCCAAGACAGGCAACAGCCAUGCACACAUGAAUGAAGAAAGACAGAGAAGAAGUGAUUUUUGCAGCAGGAUGGUUUCUGAGCCCAGCAUGUUCUUGGACUCCUUCUCCUACCCAGACAACAGCCAGGCCUCAGACACCGUCAGUGUGGACAGCUCUGACAGCCUGGAGACCAGCUUCUCCGCCUGCUCCCCGGACAACAUCUCCAGUGCCAGUACGUCCAAUAUGGCGAAGAUCGAGGAGAUGGAGCGUUUACUCCGAGAGGCCCAAGCUGAGAAGCAAAGACUCCUCGAGCAUCGGGAGCGUGAGAUGGAGAUGCGCAGGCAUGCUCUGGAGGAGGAGCGAAGGAGAAGAGAGGAGCUGGAGAAACGGCUGCAGGAGGAGACGAGCAGGAGACAGAAACUUGUAGAGAGAGAGGUGAAGCUCAGGGAGAAACAAAGAUCACAGUCCCGGCUGUUGACUCGCUACCUCCCUGUACGGAAAGAUGACUUUGAUCUUCACGGCCAUAUCGAGGCAGCUGGACACAACCCAGAUGCCUGCUUCCAUCUGGCCAUCACUGAUAAAACCUGCCGAGGCUUCCUGGUUAAAAUGGGCGGCAAGAUUAAGACCUGGAAGAAACGCUGGUUUGUCUUCGACCAGAAUCGCAGGACGCUGACUUACUAUGCAGACAAACAUGAGACCAAGAUGAAAGGAGUCAUUUACUUCCAAGCCAUAGAGGAGGUGUACUAUGACCAUUUAAAGAAUGCACACAAAAGCCCCAAUCCCUCGCUGACGUUCAGUGUGAAGACCCACGAUCGGGUGUACUACAUGGUGGCUCCGUCGCCUGAGGCCAUGCGCAUCUGGAUGGAUGUUAUGGUUACGGGUGCAGAGGGACACAUGCAUUUCAUGGUGUAGCUGAUCCCAACAGACCACAGUCCACACCGCUAAAUUUCAUUGGUAAAUGUUUGUCACAUGAGAAGGUUUGUGGGACUUUGAUCAUAGUAACAUUACAGCAAACACGCGUUGUGUACGGCUGAGAUUUCAUCAGGUCAACUAAAAAAUCAACUUCUGUUUACAAUUGUAUUAUUUGUUGCCUACAACUCAUGCUCAGAAGCACACUUUAUAAUAUAAUCAUGUAUACCAGAUCAACAAAAUGUAUACAUAGUGUCAUAAUUAAGCUAUUUAGUUAUUUUUGUUGUUGUUUAUGUACCAUGAGAGGCUGAAGCAUCACUAAAUCUUGCACGUUUUCCUAGAGCACAACAAGUAUUGGAUGGAAUUUAAUACCCCCCUUCUAUGUGACGAUGCAAAGGUGCCCAGAGCUGCUUUCCUAAAAAAAAAAACUUUAUUAAAGAAUAUUAAGAAUUAUAUUACAUGAUAUAUAAGUAUAGAAACUGAAAAAAGAAAGAAUAAAUAAAAAUAAACAAAAUAGCUAAAACCAUUUUAAAUCGUCCCAAGCAUUGUUUUCUGCAUUAAAUAUUCUAUAAAGGAAUUUUAAUAUAGGCACAUAUUGGAGAACAUGUACACUGAAACAGAUAGAUACUAUAUGUCUGUAAUAGGCCAAAAUCAGACAAUAAAAUCAACAGAUAAAUCAGUAGAGCUCCAGCUUUAGAACAAAACCUCUGCUUCUCUCAUACUCUACCUUUUUAUGUUUUUCUUAAUUAUUCAAAAACUCAAUCAGGGAAGCUUCUAAAUGAUUGGAAAUGCAACAUCUGCUACACUUCUUAACUGCGGUACAUACUGAUGCUGCUUGUCUAUCACAGAGGCAUAUCUGCCAGACAGCUUUCUAUAAUUUUACAUUUUUAGUGUUUGUAUCUGACAUGUUCAAAACAGAGUGUAAGUUGUAGGUCCACCUCUGUUUCUUUGCCUCCUCCUUCUUCUUCUGGUUGGACGUUAGGCUUUGUGGAUCACAAAUUAUUGGUGAGCUUUUCCCAGCGUCCCGUCUGUAUUUGUAUUUGCAAAAAUGCACAUUUUUGUUUCAACUCAGAUAUCUAUAUUGUCACUAAUAUUCAAAUGUAGUGAGUAUAAGUAGUAUUUCACAUUUUAACUCAAGCAUUUCAUUGCUGCUGCCAGACUACAAGCAUAAGCUGGUCUUGUCUGCUUAUUUAAAGCACAGCUGAAUGUCCUUCAAACCAUAUGCAUGUCUCUUUGUAUCACUUUCAUUCUAAGUCUUAAAUUGGACUUUUGUCCACAUAUGCAAACUUCAGUCAUGAAGGAGACAUGAAUACAGGCACUUUUCAGGUUUUAUUGUUAUUAUAAUUAUUUGUAAUUGUAAUAUUCUUCUCAUAAAAGUAGAAAAAUCUGCUCCAGUCACAUUGAUGUGUCCAGAGCCAGUGUGCAGCUAGCUCCCUCUAUCUAUAGUAGAGGCUGCAGGCCUGAUGUAAUGUGGCCAUGUUGUGCAGCAGUGAUGCUGGAUGUACUGCGUCACCACUUCCACAUACGCAUUUCAAUAUGCUUUUUCACCAGCAGAGGUCCUCAGUGCAGAGUUAUUGCACUGACAUGACGUAAUGCCCUGAGCAGUACUCUUCAGUGAUCCAUAUUUUCUCAUGCUUGUAUAUUAAAUAUGUGCAUCUAUAAGUACAUGCAUGUCAUGUUUGAGAUUUGGAAACAAAACAAAAAUCAUGUUCAGGAUCUUGAACACAAUGAUUUUUUAAAAUAAUUUUGUUUUGAAUGUUUUAUAAAAAUCUAUAUGUUUGAUCUGUAUAUCCUUUGACAGUCUGACUGUAUCACUUUAACACCAGGCUGUUGUUUGACAGACUGCAGAGUGCAGGUGAGGCUGCAGAGCUGACAGUGUUGCAGAUGAGAUGCUUCUCCGUGAACAGAGGUAUCUUUGAUGUUUACAUCUCAACCGCACACUGUCGCCCACUGUGUGAGCUUCGAAACCAAAUGAAUUACCCCAUAUAUGUACAAUUUUUUAAUAAAUUUAUAUUUUGUGUAUGAACAAUGGUAAUUUUAGUCGAUUAUGAUACAGUUUUAUAUCAUUGGCAUUUCAUGUCGUGUUUCAAUAUGAAUAAGAAUAAAUAAUUUUGAUUAUGAA